AUGUCUGCCUCACUCGCGUCUGCCUCGUCGUCGUUCUUUGCCCCGUCGUCGUCGCUCGUCGGUCGCGGGUCAUCAUCUAAUAACAACAAGAAACGUGUCCUCGGGAAAAACUCCUCGUUCACCGUGCAGGCCAACGCAGACAUGAUGAAAGAAGUCGGCACCGCGGUGUUGUCUAAGGACUCGGUGAAAGCGGAGAGAUAUGUCGCAUCGAACAGAUUUAAGUUACAGAAAGGCAAAGGCCCGCAAUUCGAGAAGAGAUGGGCGGAGAGAAAAAGUCGACUCUCGAAACUCGAUGGUUUCCGAUUCUUCACCUUGAUGAGACGAGUGAGCGAAGGAAGAGGAGAUGAGGAAGAGAGCGACUACGUGUCGCUAACCAUAUGGAGCAACAAGGAGAACUUUGACGCUUGGAGAACGGGAGAGGCGUUUAAGGAAGCGCACGGCGGAGGGACUAUCUUCGGCUUCGCAGAAAUGCUGAUCUCGUCGUUGAUGGUUCUGAAAGGUGGACCAAAGCCAGCGUUUUAUGACGGUUUAAUGCCGUUAUCGACGUCUCCGGACGCGCUCAUCAACGAAUGGCAACAAGCAGACGGGUGGAGAUCUGUCGUGGCGGAUGGUAAAACCCCAUUAAAAUCGGACGUGUACGUCGCAAUGAAUAGAUUCAAAGUAUUUCCAGGUUCCGAGGUUGCCUUUGAACAGCGAUGGUCCCAACGUGAAUCGGAUUUACAAAACUGCGAAGGCUUUCAAACGUUCGUACUUUUGAGAAGAGACGCGCUUCAAGCUGACGACGGCUACAACUAUUCGACUCUUACGGUCUGGAAAGACGAAGCAUCUUUUCAAAAAUGGCGCGAGGGGUCCAGUAAAAAAGCGCACGCAAAAGCAGACCAAGCUAAGCCGUUAUUCGAGAUGCCACCGAGUCCUAUCUUUUAUGAAGGCGUCUUGGCGCUCAUCGAUCCUCAAGGCGCUUAA